GAAUGACGUAAUACGACCACGUGACCAAUACUUCCAGCCUCGUGCUCGGACGCCUCGUAUAAAUUUUUUUGAAACUUGUUGAGGCAUAACUGAUCAGCAUUUUUGUAUGCGAGUAAAAUAAUUUGUAUUUGCAUCUUUGUGAUACAUGUAAAUAUUUACAAAAUGCCUACAUGUUGCGUUGCUGUUGGAUGUAGAAAUACUGCUAAUCCUACUGGAAAAACUGCGAUACAAAUUAAAUUCGAGAAUGUAAUGAAAAUAACGUUUCACUCAUUUCCUUCUGAUUCUAUUAGGAGAGCGGAAUGGAUAAGAAUAAUGAAACUUGAUGAGAACACUAUUACAAACAGAAGUCGUCUUUGUUCUAUUCAUUUCAAAGAGAAAUAUAUAGAUCGCACAUCCUUGGUAUAUGUAAGAUUGAGAGAAAACGCAAUUCCACAUAUAUUUGAGGAUACAUUGUAUGAUGAUAUGGAGACAGUCGUGAAAUGUAAAGAAGAAACGCUACCUGAACCUGAAUCAGUUGAAACAACAAUUUUAACUGAUCCUUUCAGCAUAGAAAUGGAUAGGAUGGAUAAUCUUAAACAAAUUUCUGUUUUAAAUCCAGCACGUGAUAAAGAAACGAAUACAUCGCUUUCCUUAUUACGUCGCUUUCCUUAUAAGCAAAGGUCAACUGUGGACAAGGAAACAAGAAUAUCACCUGAAAGAAUAUGGAACAUGAAUUUCUCCAAUAUGGAAACGAUUAGGCAAGAAAGAUCCACGGAAAUUAAAAGCUUGCGUAAACAAAUACAAGCUUUACAGAGGAAACUUGCGGAAAAGAAUAAAAAAAUUGCAGUUUUGAAAAUCGUUUUGGAAGAAUUGCAAAUAGAGAAAUUAGAGAGCAGUUAGAAGUAUGAAAUUCAUCUAGACUCGAUUAUCGCAGACAGACUUUCUCCAUUUUCUUUCUCAUAAUAUAAUAUUUCACAUAUGAAAUUUAUUUUCUUUGAUGUUUUAAAA